UUUAUUUAUUUUUUAACGUUUCCCUUUUCUGUGGAAUAAUUUGUUUUGCGGGAGCUUAGAGCUAUUUUACUGCUUUAUUUGGAGAUCAGAUAAUAGUCUGUGAAAUCCGUCGUCUUAUCGGUUACAACUUUCAUGACCUUCUUGAAAGCGUGGUCAAUAAAAACUGACAUAUCAAUCUGUCUCUCUGACUUGCCUGGAUGCUUAGAAGAGAGCGGGUAUCGAGGAAUAUAAUUUUUGAUGAUCUCACAGAGUGAAAGCACGCUGGAGAACUCAACAGAAUUACACAAGUCAUUCUAAAGAGCACAAAGCAAAUAUGCAGGUCUCCUUCGCAUGCUCGGAACAUAGUUUGAAAAACCGGAGCACAGACGAUCGGAUAAACCGACAGAAUGUCAGUAGUCCUAGCCUUGCCGCUCGUACAAAAUUCCGGACUGUAGCAAUGGUUGCUCGGAGUCUAGGACAUCUCUCGGUGCAAAAUGUCCCAACUCCAAGUGAUUCCAGCUCGCGUCAGCCAGGAAUGAAAUAUAGAAAUUUGGGCAAGUCGGGUUUAAGAGUGUCAUGCCUUGGUUUAGGGACAUGGGUGACAUUUGGAGGUCAGAUCACAGAUGAGAUGGCAGAACAAUUGAUGACCUUGGCGUAUGAUAAUGGAAUAAACCUUUUUGACACUGCAGAAGUCUAUGCUGCAGGAAAGGCCGAAGUUGUAUUAGGUAAUAUCAUCAAGAAGAAAGGAUGGCGGCGUUCCAGCUUGGUUAUAACUACCAAAAUUUUCUGGGGUGGAAAAGCAGAAACUGAAAGGGGUUUAUCAAGAAAACACAUAAUUGAAGGGUUAAAAGCAUCUUUAGAAAGGUUGCAACUUGAGUAUGUGGAUGUAGUCUUUGCUAAUCGGCCUGACCCGAACACUCCUAUGGAAGGGGACCCAUUUAGUUCUUCCAAGUCGAGAACAUUCAUCAUAGAAGAAACCGUACGUGCAAUGACCCAUGUGAUAAACCAAGGAAUGGCAAUGUACUGGGGGACGUCACGUUGGAGCUCGAUGGAAAUAAUGGAAGCAUAUUCCGUAGCACGGCAAUUCAAUUUAAUUCCUCCAAUCUGCGAACAAGCUGAAUAUCAUAUGUUUCAAAGAGAGAAAGUGGAAGUACAACUCCCAGAACUGUUUCACAAAAUCGGUGUGGGCGCUAUGACUUGGUCCCCUCUUGCCUGUGGAAUAGUUUCCGGGAAAUAUGACGGUGGGAUACCUCCAUAUUCUAGAGCAUCACUAAAGGGUUAUCAAUGGCUAAAAGAUAAGAUUCUAAGUGAAGAAGGAAGACGGCAGCAGGCUAAAUUAAAGGAGCUUCAAGCCAUCGCUGAACGUUUAGGUUGCACCCUCCCACAGCUAGCAAUUGCCUGGUGUUUGAGGAAUGAAGGAGUCAGUUCAGUUUUGCUAGGCGCAUCCAAUACGGAUCAACUUAUGGAGAAUAUUGGAGCAAUACAGGUUCUUCCAAAAUUGUCUUCUUCUAUUAUUCAUGAGAUCGAUAAUAUUUUGGGCAACAAGCCAUAUAGCAAAAAAGACUACAGGUCAUAAUGCUGACCGGUACUAGGAUAGACUGCCACAGUGUUUCCUCCAAUUCUCCUAUUUGCCUGCUUUAAGCUUUACUGGAUCAAAGUGGAGUGUGAAUGCGUCAUAAACGAAAAAACAAAAUCCCGAUAAUGUCCGGAAACUGUUCAAAGUAUUAUUGUAAGAAAUCAUAAGCUUGAUGUUUUAUCCAUAUUUGCUAAUUUGUUUAGCUGCACAAAGGCAGACCAUGAAGAAGAACUGUGUGCGGGAAUGGAUACAAUUUGAAGAAUGCCACUUUUACAUUAGAAUCAUCUAUCUAUUUAA